AUGGAAUCAACACAUGCCACCACGGCAGCCUGGGAGACCGAGGACGAGAUGAGCGUGCCCACCUCGUCAGCAACCCUCACGACACCCAUGGAAGCCAAACCACCGUCAAGGGGCUCGAGGCCGUCUUCUCGGAGCUCAAGGCGCUCUAGGCGCUCGGUGACCCCGCCUGGGAGGAUCACCAAGUCACCACCGCCGAUGCCCGGCAGCGAUAAGACAGACAAGAGCGACAGAGUCGUCAGAGACCUUGCGACUGACGAGAAGAUCAGUAUCCUGGACCCACGCCGGUUUACGCCUACCCUACAUGCUAAUCUGGUCGCCGAGAUCCUGUCCCUGAAGCGCGACCAGGAUGAGAAAUUGAAGGUGAUAGAGGGUCUGGAAGCUACGCUGCAGUCGGCGCGGGAUGAAGGAGACAACCUCGAGACAAGCCUCCUCAACACGUCCAAGGAGAACAGGUCCCUCAAACGGCAGUUGGCCCUGCUGGAGGGAGGCACUUCAUCCGCCCUCGGAGAGUUGGCCCGUGAGCGAGACGAAGCCGUCGACGCUGCCGCCGAGACCAGAAGAAGGCUUGAGACGGCACAGAAGAAAUUAAAGGCGCAAGAAGACGACUCAGAAAGAACGAACGACCUGUGGGCCAAGGACAAAGAUGCGUGGGAAGAAGAUAGACGGAAGACGGAUCGCAAGAUCCACGUCCUUGAGACCCGACUCAAGAUGGUGCUGGAAGAGAUGGCAGAGUACCAGGCGGCUGCCUUGAACGACCAGGCGGUGCCGGAAGAGGACGCUGAGGACAGAGCUAGAGACAGUGAUGCCGGCAGCAUCCGCUCCAUGAACGUCAGGGAGAGCCUGCGGUUUUCUCUGCUGCAGAAGGCCAAUGGGCACUCCCUUGCGGACGAACUCGACUUUGACGACGACUCGGAUUACCAGACGGAUGCGAACGGCCGAGACAGCGUCAUGUCGAACUAUAGACAUGCCCGCAGUGGCUCCCGUGCCAGCGUUCUGUCCAGAUCCCAUCACCGCCACAACAGCAACGACAGCCUGGUCAGGUCAGGCAGCGUUGCGCGCGUUCGUUUCCAGCCGCAAUCGCAGUUAGAUGAUCUAACAAAUGAUGUGAUUCAGGAGGACGACGAGGUGCAGAGACCCGUAACCCCCAAGGUCAGCUACACGGAUACAGGAAUCCAGUACUCCCCUUCACCGUCGCCCAAGAUUUCUCCCGUCAAAGCUCCCACUCCUCCUGCCCAAGAGCCGAUGGUACAGGCCUUGGCGGCAAAAUGGGAGAAGCACUAUGAGGAGGGCAACAACGAGGCAAACCAGAGGAGGAAGAGGACCAGUAUCGCGAAGCCCCUGGCCAUCCAGCCACCGGCUCCCCAGAAGCUGAUGGUGUCUGCCGCGGCACAGACAUCAGAUGUUCCGUUGACCCCACCAAAGACACCGAAAUCCCCAACCCAGGAGCAACAGCCGAAGCUGAGCUCAAAAGAGGCAGCUGUCAUGGUUUCUGCCGGAACGCAGACAGACGCUCCCGUGCCUCCACGGCCUGCAACACCGCCGACGCCUUCUCUGGCCAUCCCGAGUAUCGCCAUACACCCUCCGACAAGCCGACCCAGCUCGCCCAAGCAGUCUCGACUGCCUCAGCUCUCGAGAGACUUUGCGUGCCAGGUCUCGCUCUGGGAUGUUCCUAUGACCUCGAUCGGUAUCCAAACGGAAGAGAUCCGGAUCGACCAGCGACUGGACAGGCUACCACCCCAUCUACACCCCUCUGCAAUCACCUCGAGACCUACAUCUCCCGCUGCCGAAUCACAGGCUUCUACUGUCCACGCGGAGGCACAGUUUACUCCUGUCCCUGGGAACGUUCCACCACGUAAUCCCCGGAGGCUCACUACCCAGAGAAGCUUCGGCGACUCAGCUCCCUCGCCUCGAGACUCACUGGACCAGGAGGCCAAGAGUCCUACUACCAGCACCCUCUCUCAUCCGCACAAGUCCACCUCGCGGAAGACGCAUCGUAUCAGCAAUAUGUUUGCCGACCACAUCGAUGCCAGCUCAGCUGACGAGAUGGACGAUUUUGGCCUGAGUGAUUCCGAGUUCAGAACAGCUCUGUCGGCUCCACGUGCUGUCAAGUCCCCUGAACCUGGCCGGGCGACACCAGUCUCGGCACCGACCUCUCCUGAGGAGAGCGUCGCAAGGCCUGUGUCGGGCUCGAGAAGUCCUGUGGAGCCACUUGAACCCACCAGUGCCUUCACUCGCUACAAGCUGUCCGGUAACCAGGGCGUUGCCAUGCCUCAGCGCGAGUCCUCUACGAAGGUCAGCCUUCGGGCCUCUUCCAUGGCGAGCAGUAUGAAGUCUGGAGGCAUGAGGAAGGCUGCCAUGAUACAAAAUGGCAUCAACACCCACCAGGAGGAUGCAGCAGACCCGCCCUUUCCCAUCCCCACGAGGGCCAGUUCCCGACAGCCUGUGUUCAGCGCAGGUGGGCGCAGUGCUGAUGACCGCAGCCCGACGAGGAGAGAUCCGUGGCACAGAAAGGGCACACGGACGACGCACUACCGUACAAACAGUGUCCGGAAGAGCAGAUCGGCAGUGGCUGGUCAGGGCAGAAGUAGGAGGAAGAACAGCAGGUCGCCCUCGUUCUCUCCGACUGUGCCCCAGACGCCCACAGUCCCUUCUGUGACACAAAACACCCAUGAACUCGUCACACCUAGGAAUGAGCGCCCUCAGGGAAGAGGACAUCGUCACCAGAACUCGGGCACCACAGCGACCACCGAGGCGACUGGCUUCCGGUCCAACGAAGGGUCACAGGCCGCAAAUGGUGUGGUGGAUGCGAUUGCCCAGACCAUGGUGGGCGAGUGGAUGUUCAAGUAUGUCCGGCGGAGGAAGUCGUUUGGUAUGUCGGCCGACACCAGCAGCAAGGACGACUCCAGCAACGACCGGCACAGGCGCUGGGUCUGGUUGGCACCGUAUGAGAGAGCGAUCCUGUGGAGCAGCAAGCAGCCUUCUAGCGGAAGUGCACUGCUGGGCAAGUCUGGUCGGAAGCUCACCAUCCAAUCCGUACUUGAUGUCAAAGAUGACAACCCUGCGCCCAAGGGUCAACUUGCUGUCUUCAACCGGUCUAUCCUCAUCCUCACGCCGCAGAGGGCUCUCAAGUUCACCGCAGUCAAUGCCGAGAGGCACUACCUCUGGCUGACAGCACUCUCGUUCCUGGCACACUCGCAGCAGGACGUACCUGAGAUACCCACAACGGUGCCGAAGCAUGCCCCCGAGUACGAGCUGCCUCCUGAGCAGAACAAGGUACGACGGCCACGGAUCCGCGACUCGAUCCGCCUGGCCAAGAGCCAGAACCCUAUACUGGGCCACAAAAACGCACCUUCUCGGUCCUCUGGCGGGGUGAGCUCGACCAUCGAGUCGCGGUCAAGCUACUCGCACCCUUCGAUCCCCGAAACUAGCAGCUAUAGCAACAACAACAACAACAACGUGGCACUGCAGCACGAGCGCGACUGUUCUGGAGACGCCGCCAUACCGCCAGCGAUCCCUCGAUUCGGAAGGGACCAGGUCCCGCCCCUGCAAACUGGGUUCCACGGCCGGAAGCGCAGCAACACGGGCGGACGCGUACCACCUCCGCUGUCUUUCCGCGGCUUCGGAGGUAGCCCGACGUACGCGCACAACCCCAACAACAACAGCCAGUCGACCAACACAGGCUCGAGCGACGUGUAUUACGGCGGCAACGGGCCGAGGUCGGCCGAGAUGGCCGGCGAGUGGAGCGGUCGCAACAGCGAGGCAUCCUCGUGGCGAGACUCUGUGGCGGGUGGCGGCGGAGGCGGCAACCUCUUCGAGGCCAUCGGCACGGUGCGCAUGGAGGCCUUCAUCAGCCCGCUCGCAUACAGCCGAUACGAGAGCGACGGCCAGCUGGACUACCCCGACCCGCUCGAGGACAGCAGGAUGCGGGCGCGUAAGAGGACCAAGGAGAUAAGGCGACAGAAAAGCCGAUCGAGGAGCAGGAGCCGUAACAGGGAGACUUUUGCCCGCGGAGGCGUCGGUGGGUGGAAGGACGAGUAUUGGGGCUACAGCAGGCACAGGACGGUGGGUGAGGAGAGCAGCGUGAGCGGGAGCGGAAGGGGCAACCCCUUUGAGGGUUUCUGA